AUGGUCAAUACAGAAAAUGGUCAAAAGAAGCCAAGAGUUCGUUUUCAAAUAUUUCAUUAUUACUUAAUCCCAUUAGUGGCCUUGGUAGUAUGGUUUGGACUUCUAAUUUCACUUUUGAUUUGUUGGGGAAUUCAAGGUCGACCUAUCUACAGCUUCAUGACAACUAAACAGAACCCUGUGUAUCUAUCAGACUUAGGUGCAACCAAUUUGCAACCACUAUUCAUCUCCUGUUCAGGAUUUCAAGCCAUAUUCUUCGUUGGCACGUUGGUUGUUGGAUAUUAUUUACGUAAAAAGCAUAAAAUUCAACCAUACAUAUCACAUCAUCAACCAAGAUUAGCCAUAGCUAGUAUAAUUUGUGCAAUAAUUGGUCAAUUAGGAAUACUCUUUGUUUCAAUCUUCAAUACUAAGAAUUUUCAUUCAGUACAUUUAUCAAUGGUUGGUAUAUUUAUUGCGUUUGUUUUUCUUGCAUGUUGUUGCGAUUUUGGUGUGAGUUAUAUAUUCGGUUCAAGAGGUGCUAAAUUAGAUCCAAUUCAUAACGGAACAAUUUUUGGUAAAUCAAGGUUUGCUAAUUUAUAUUUUGUUAGUUUUGUUGCUAAAAUAAUAUGGUUAAUAGUUGCUAUUGUUUUAGCUGCAUGUUUUGGUUACUAUAUGAAACAUGGAAAUGAUUCUUUAUCUGCUAGAUUUGAAUGGUCAAUUUGUUUCUGGUAUGGAUUUUUAUUAAUACUUUGGUCAAUGGAUUUAUUCCCAAGUGCAGUUAGAAAAUAUAGAAGUAAACAUCCACAUUUAUAUGAAACUAAUCAAUAUGAUUAUGAAAAUCAAAAUGGUGGUAAUUCACAAUGGGAAAAAGAUAUUAAUAACAAAGGUAGAUCAUCAUCAGAAUUAGGUGAUCAAUAUACUUACGUUAAUUCACCAAUGAUGCAAAAUCAAAAAUUAGCUAAUCAACAAUUUGCAAAUGAAGAAAAUCAAACGAAUCCAAAUGAACAAAUGAUGCAAGAAGAUCCAGCCUUACAAAACCAAGCAUUAGCUAAUCAACAAUUUACAGAAGAACCAGCUUUGCAAAAUCAAAAAUUAGCUAACCAACAUCUCUCAGUUGCUGAUCAACAAGUACCACCUCAACAACAACAAUAUGAAGUUAAUUAUCAACAACAAAUUCCACCAUCAUCACAACCACAAUAUUAUGAACCAAUAGCUAGUACCAACCAAAAUCCAAGUCUACCACAACAAUCUCAUGUAAUGCCAGAUUCACAACCAGUAACUUAUAAUCAAGAUCCAAGAGUUCCAUAUUAG